UUAAAAGCUACACAGUUUAUUAUCCACACUGUUAUACAAUUUCCAAUCAUAUAAGAUGUGUCGAUUCAUGAUAUAUAAGGGCCAUGACCCCAUGGUAUUAUCGGACCUUCUUACCAAACCAGCACAUUCCAUCAUCAACCAAUCAUUUGAUUCGAGACUCCGUCUCGAUAUGAGAAAUCCAAUCAAUGGUGAUGGAUUUGGAGUUGGAUAUUAUACCCCAAACAACCAACCUUGCAUCUUCAAGGCUAUUACUCCAGCUUGGAAUAACGUUAACCUUAACAAUCUUUCUCAUUGCACAGAAUCUCACUUGGUGUUUGGUCAUGUUAGAGCUUCCACUCAAGGUGUUUUGUCUGAAACAAAUUGUCAUCCUUUCCUGUUUGGUAAACUCAUGUUCAUGCAUAAUGGGGGUAUUCUGGCCUUCCAUCUCAUCAAGAAGAAACUUAUAAAUCAUUUGGAUGAUAAGUAUUUCUUAUUCAUUCAAGGCUCAACAGAUUCCGAGUGCUGCUUUGCCCUCUUUUUGGAUACUAUACACAAAUUAGGGUUUGAUCCUUCAGAUACUUCUUCUAAAUUAUGUCAUAACCUUCUUCGUAGAGCCUUACUUAGAACCAUUGAGCUCAUAAAGAACUGGCAGACUGCUGUCACUGAUGAACCUUCUUUACUCAACUUUGCUGUGACUGACGGUGAUUCUGUGGUUGUGAGUAGAUAUAUCACUUCCAAGACCGAUGAAGCAGCAUCUCUCCAUUUCAGUACCGGAUCAAGAUUCUUUGAAUAUGAACCUGGUCUUUUCAAAAUGGAGAGACUUAACCGUUCUCAAGAUGUCAUCUUCGUGGCAAGUGAACCAUUGACUUUUGAACGAGGUGACUGGAUCUGUGUUCCAACAAACACCGUCAUUACCAUCAGUACCAAUAACACGGUCUUGAUGCAUCCAAUCGAAGAUGAAUUCUACAACUCUGGCGCUGAAAGAUCGUCUGGUUUGGCAAUGAGUAAGGGUUUGAUGGGCGGCGUACCAAAGAAGACCACUUUCGCCAAACAAACUGCCGAAGAAGAAAUUGUCUCCACUGUCGAAAACGAAGUAGACUCAUCAAUCAAUGUUCUACCACCUCUUCAAAGAGAAGGUCGUACAUCUGCUGUAUAUUAACUUUUA